CCGGGAGUGCGCAGGCGCAGCCCCGUCCCUGCGCCCCCUGGUGGAGCAGCUAGAGGAGGAAGCGCGCGCCUGGCGCCCCCUGGGGACUUACAGAGCUCCUGGGGUACAGAAAGCAAAGUCUUCUGCAGGUCACUCAGCUAGUAGGGGUCAGCGGGAGAGCUUGACCCUGGUCUUCCUGGCUGCGGGCCAGCCCUCAGUCCACUGCCUCACAGCCUUCCUUUCCAGUGAUGGUAACAAUACCCAUAACAUCGGACAUUUAUGUGGCCCUCACAGACCUGCAGAGCACUCCACAGACACGAGUUCAGACUCCUCAACACUCUGCCAUUCCCCAAGCCUGGAGUAUGGAGGGUGAGGAGGGAAUGACUUCUGGGUUCCUGAUAUCCAAGUUUCAGGAAUCAGUAACAUUCAAGGAUGUGGCUGUGGAAUUCACCUGGGAGGAGUGGAGACAGCUGGAGCCUGCUCAGAGAGACCUGUACCGGCAUGUAAUGAUGGAGAACUAUGAGAACUUUGUCUUCCUUGGUGAAAUGUCUUUCACAGUAAGAAUGGACGUCCGUAGCUUUCUUGUGCUAGCUCUGAAGAUGGAGCCUUUGGACUCCUUGUUUCUUCACAAGAAAGGUUCUUGGCAAGCUGGCCCAGGGUUCCUCCUGAGGCUCAGGCUCCACCUCCUCGAAGGGCUUCAGGCAGAGGCCAGAUGUCAUGAAGGGGAUUCCUUCCCGGGAAGGGUUUACCUACAUAGCCCCAGAGCUCCUCUCCAAUGCUGUGAAAACCCAGAUAAGCCCCGAAGAGAUACCGGAAGGCAUGCAAAGGGCUCCUCCACCUCAGGAUGGUCAGGGCUGCCCGUUUCCAAACUGGACGUGAUCUCCCUAUUGGAGAGAGGAGAGGCACCAUGGAUGCCCGAGGGAGGAGUGCCAAGCAGAUGCUGUCCAGGUUCCCAUACUCAGGAGACCAGAUGUGAAACUCAGGAAUCGGGAUGGAUACAGGGAAUUAACCUAGGUGUAUCAUCUAAGAAAAGACUGCAAGAGGACAGUUCUUGGCAUUAUGAAAUGGGAGAAACUGGAGAACUUGAUGUCAUUUUAGAAAUACCAAAAGAGAGAGGAUCUAGACAAGUAGCAGGCACCCACAGAACAACUUUUAAUAUUGUGAGUCUACCUCAGUGUAAUACAUUCAGGAGAAGUUUUAGCCAGGCGUCUGGAUUUGCUUCACCAUGGAGUACUGCUGUGGGGAAAAGUCCCCAUAAAUAUAAGACACUUGGUAAGAGCUUCAGGGGGAUUUCAGACCUAAUUAAAUGUAAUACAGUCUCUUUAGGGAAGAACCAUUAUAAGUAUAACACUUGCAGGAAGCCCUUCAGUUACCACUCAGAUCUAAUUAAAUUUCAUAGACUACAUGCUGGAGAAAAGCUACAUGAGUACAGUGAAAGUGGAAAGACCUUUGGCAGAAGCUCAAACCUCACUGAACAUCAGCGAAUUCAUACUGGAGAGAAACCAUGUGAAAGUAGUAAAUGUGGAAAAGCCUUCAUCGACAAGAGACCCUUGAUUCAUCAUGAAGCAAUUCAUCCUAGAGAGAAACCCUUUGCCUGUAAUGAUUGUGGGAAAGCCUUCAGCAAGAAGGGACACCUUAUUAGUCAUGAGAGAAUUCAUACUGGAGAGAAACCCUUUGAAUGUAAUGAUUGUGGGAAAGCCUUCAGUAAGAAGGGACACCUUAUUAGUCAUGAAAGAACUCACACUGGAGAGAAGCCCUUUGAAUGUAUUGAAUGUGGAAAAGGCUUCAUACAGAGGGGAGACCUUAAUAGACAUCAGAGAACUCAUACAGGAGUGAAACCCUUUGAAUGUGUUGAAUGUGGCAAAACCUUCAGGGAGAAGGGAGCCCUUAUUAGACAUCAAAGAACUCAUACUGGAGUGAAACCCUUUGAAUGCAAUGAAUGUGGGAAAGCCUUCAGUGCAAAGGGAACCCUUAUUAUACAUCAGAGAACUCAUACUGGAGUGAAACCCUUUGAAUGUAAUGAAUGUGGGAAAGCCUUCACAGAAAAAGGAGCCCUUAUUAGACAUCAAAGAACACAUACUGGAGUAAAACCCUUUGAAUGCAAUGAAUGUGGCAAAACCUUCAGUAGGAAAGUAUACUUUAUUAAUCAUCAGAUAAGUCAUACUGGAGUAAAGUCACUUAUUUAUAAUGAAUAUAGGAAAACUUCCAGUCCAAAGGUAUACCAUAAUAACUAUCAGAUAUCUCAUCUUGGAGUGAAGUCUUUCGAUUAUAACGAGUGUGAGAAAGACCUGAUUCUGAAGGGACGCCUUGAAAGUAAUCAGAAAGCUCUCACUGGAGAGAAACUCUUUGAAUAUGGGAAAGCCUUUAGUGAGAAGGGAUACCUUGAAAGUCAUCAAAGAACUCACAUUGGAGAGAAGUCUUUUGAAUAUGUUGAAAGUGAAAAAGCAUUCAGUGAGAAAGGAAAACCUAGUAGAGAUCAGGACAUACAUACUGGAGUCAAACCCUUUGAAUGUAAUGAAUGUGGGAAAGCCUUUAUCACCAGAGGAAGCCUUAUUAGACAUCAAAUAACUCACACUGGAGUGAAACCCUUUGAAUGUAAUGAAUGCAGGAAAGCCUUCAGUCAGAAAGUACACCUGAUUAAACAUCAGUUAACUCAUACUGGAGUGAAACCCUUCAAUUGUAAUGAAUGUGGGAAAGCCUUUAGUUUGAAGGGUCUCCUUGAAAGACAUCAAAGAACUCAUACUGGAGAGAAACCUUUUGAAUGUAAAGAAUGUGGGAAAGCCUUUAGUCUGAAGGGACACCUUGAAAGACAUCAGAAAACUCAUACUGGAGAGAAACCCUUUGAGUGUAGUGAAUGUGGGAAAGCCUUCAGUGAGAGGAGAACCCUUAUUAGACAUCAGAGCAUUCAUACUGGAGUGAAACCCUUUGAAUGUAGCGAAUGUGGGAAAACCUUUAGAGCUAGGGGAACCCUUGUCAGACAUCAGAGAAUUCAUACAGGUGUGAAACCCUUUCAGUGUAAUGAAUGUGGGAAAGCCUUCUCUCGGAAGGAUGAACUCAUUAACCAUCAGAGAACUCAUACUGGAGAGAAGCCCUUUGAGUGUAAUGAGUGUGGAAAAGCCUUCAGUCAAAAAAUAUACCUUGUUAACCAUCAAAUAACUCAUACUUGCAUGUUGUAUCCUCCCAAUCCAACAUGGUUAACUUCUCAGCAUUAGUGGACACCCAUACUUAUGAGAUAAAUUAUCCUGAUGAAAAACUUUAUAUAUUUAAUAUGGGAAACUCUUAGGAAACAUCAGCGAAUUAAUGUGAAAGACAAAGAUUCUCAAUUGUAUGAUGAUGGAAAUUCAUCUGGGUGUCAUAAACCCAUAUCCUAGAAUCUAUGCUGAAUAACUGGGUAGAUUAAAUCAUGUGGGGGCAUAGUCAUCUUUUGUUUAAUACUGGAGAGUCAAGUUGGUAACAAAUGUCACCAGCCACCAUAUUGUUUGGAGUUUUCAGAGAUUAAAAAAAAAAGACUGUCCUUUCUUGCCAGUCUUUGCUGUAACACACCAAAGAUGCUGUUAGGUGGCACUAGAGCUUCUUAAUUUGUGAAUCAAGUGGGCCUGAUUUGGGGUUUGUUUUUUUAAUUAAACAUUUUGGCAAAACCA